CCUGCCGGCGCUAGACACUCUGCCAGCUAACUGUCCCGCCUGCCUGUCCGCCUGCACGCGCGUGCUGCGCCUGUCCCCUUGGCCGUGCGGAGGUAGCUCCCUCCCAUCGUCACAGGCACCAUGCAGCGCGACUUCUCGUCGUCGACGCUCGACUCGUACUUUUCGUCCGCCAGCUCCCCUCCACCGUAUUCCACCUCGCCCCCGCGCGCAGGCUUCGUCAAGCAGGAGCUCAGCAUCGACACGGGCAGCGGCGGUGGGGAGGGCUUGGGUAACAGCCACGGCAGCAGCGACAGCCUCAAGUUGUCAACAUCCCCCGCGCGCUCGCGCAAGCGCCGAUCAACUCCACCACCCACCUCAGCCGCAUCAUCGGGGGCCGGUGCGGCACAGCAGCAGCAGCAGUCGGCGGCAGCCAAGACAUCGCCGACCACGACAAAGGCCUCGUCGGCGGCUGGUGCUGCUGCUGGUCAGCACAAGAGAAUCGUCUGUGACCAUUGCAGGCGCAGAAGAAUCAGAUGCGACGGCAACAUUCCCUGUCAGCAGUGCAUUCACGCCACUCUGACCUGCAAGCGAGACCAUGUCCCCAAGAAGCGAGGUCCCAAACGCGGACAUGGCCGUGUCAUUGACGAGCUUAGAGAGAGCGACAAGCAGACAUCAGGCCCAGCGUCAAGCGGCAGCUUCACCAGUCAGGGCGGAGGACAAGGGCAGCCCUUCUACCUAGGUCAACCAUCUUAUCUGGGUCCGGGCGCCAUCGGCCUGCAAGACGUCGACUACUACGAUGGCUCACUCUAUUUCGACUCGUCGGCGCCGACUUCAGGCGCACCUACUGGGCCUUCGUCACCCACUGCAGAAAUUGCCAGUUACUUCCCGCCACCGGCGGUGCCCGUGCCUCAAAUCACACCACCAAUACCGCCCCCCUUCAUGCCAGGCUUUGACCUUGGUGGUGCCCCGGCCGCGCUUCGCCGUACAUCAUCGGAGCCCACAUCGCCAUAUACUACCGAUGCUUUCCGGCCGAACAGCCGCGAUUACACACACCUCAUCCCGCGGUGUCUUGAUCUAUACUACGACCACAUCUAUCCAAUCAUGCCCAUUCUCUAUAUGCCGGCAGUCCGUACCAUCAUUUCGCGACCCAUGAGCGCACCUGAGAAGAACCUCAUCUACGCCAUGUCUGCUCUUACCUCAUUCCACAUGUCUGGGAAAUCGCUCGCCGUUCCGGGUGCGCCGAAUUGGGAGCUGGCUGGAAAGUUCUUCCUCGACGAAUGCAUAUCCGUGCGCCAGGAGUACGACUUCCUCGAGGACGCAUCUCUCUCCGCUGUCAUCUCCAGUUUCUGGCUGAGCACGAGCUUUUUCGAGAUCAACCAGAAUCGUAAGAGCUGGUACUACCUGCGGGAGGCGUUAACCUUGGCCAUGGACAUGGGCCUCGAUGAUGACAAGACGUACCAUGGACUUUCACCCGAAGAGACGCUAUGUCGGAGGAGAGUGUUCUGGAUCUUAUAUGUGACGGAACGGAGCUUCGCCAUCCUACGCAACAAACCACUGACUCUGAGGAAGACACCAAGUCUGCCAGCACACGGUCAUGCGUAUGAGAGCAGAGACAUCCACACCGGCUUCUUGAAACUAGUGAGAAGCUAUAUCCCGCUCGAUGAAAGCUUUGUCAAUGCAUGGAAUGACGGCAGCGAUCCGCAGGUGUCUGCCACAACAUAUCUGAACCUACAGCAACUGCUUGCACACCCACUAGACUUCCUGCUCCGGCCUUCGAGGAGACGUUCCAGCGCGAUCAGUCGCCGGACAGCCACUGCUUCGAUGGGCUCGAACAGUCCCGACGGCAGUAUGGACUCGACAGAGGAGCCCGAGCCAACAGAUAUACAGAAGGCGGAUCUCCUGAUGACACAGCAGUGGCUCCGGCUUAUUGUGUGGCAGUCCUCAUUCCGGCAGGGGCUGUUAUCGACCGCUCCUGCAGACGAAAGCAUGACAUUCUCAUACCCGCUCAGUAUAGCCAAAGACACAGCCGCCAUUUUGCAGUCCCUGCCGAGCCAUGCCGUCGAGGUUCACGGCAUGGGGAUCAUGGAGAAGAUUUUCGAGAUUGGCACGUGGUGUGUAAACGUCCUCAAUGCAUACGAGUCUGGGCCGAAGAGCCCGGGUGUGCCCUUCGGUGGUGGUGCGGCCGAGGGUGGCAUCGCCGGCAUGGACUACGUGGGCGGAGGUGACAUGGGCGUCCUUGUCGCAGGCCAUCGUGGGGGCAGGUGGGCACCGACGAUUGACCCGCUCGAGUUUUUCGUCAAGACAUUGAGCUCAAGCCCCAACAGCCGAACGAUGUUUGCGGAAAAGCUGCUCAUGCUUGUCGAGCAGUCGCCAGGUGCAAUGAGGGCUUCACUCAGCCCGACCAUACCCUUCAACGGGAUCACAGACCCAGCUGCUUUCGGCUUGGGAAGUCUGCCUGCCGCGUUUGCAGGAACGAGCAUUGGAGGAUCCAUGCCACAACACCGCAACACCGCCGAGGCUGUCGACAACGCCGUAGUUGAGCUUGAGGACGACUCUCUACCGACCAUGUCUUCAAUGCUGACCGGUGCGGCGAUUGGCAUGCCCGACGAGAUGGACCUGAGCCCGACUUCAUACUCGUUCGCAGCAGCAGGGUCAACCGGUGCAGCCAUGGGUGGCGAUCAUCUCGGCCGCUCCAGUCUCACAGGAAAUCCAUUUGCAGACAACAGUGUAAUGAACAUGAUGGCAGGAACUCACGAGGAUGACGAGAUGCUGUACCAGAAUACAGUGAACACCGAGUACUCGUUCUCCCGGGUCGACCCCGGGAGCAUGGGCGUCGCCGGCCUGGGCCUGAACAUGGCAGGCAGGGAUACCGGCAUACGGAACAAUGAGGAAACGGUGGAGCAAGACAUGGGUACAAAGAAUAACGGCAGGGCGGACCCCCAGCAGCAACACUCUGGCCCACGACGGUCCAGCACCGUCGACCAACGGUGGUAA